AUGGAUGGGCUAGUAUUCAUCGACGGGAGAGUUCAUCCUCCAGCUGAUGCCAAUAACCCCUUAAUGGAAUAUUGGCUCAGAUGUAACGAUAUAGUGAUCACCUGGUUGCAAAACACACUGUUAGCAGACAUUAAGACAAGCACUCUCUAUGAAGAAACGGCACACGAACUUUGGAGUGAGCUUGAGCAUAGGCAUGUGCAGCAGAAUGCACCAAGGGUUUACGAAGUGAAGCAGAACAUCGUAAACCUCGUACAAGGAAGCGACUCAGUAGGUAUUUACUAUUCCAAACUCAAGGCACUUUUUGAUGAACUGCUGAACUACGAGUCAAUACCAAAUUGUACUUGUGGAGGCUUGAAAGCCAUGGUUGAUUACCAACAACGAGAUUGCGUGAUGAAAUUUCUGAUGGGGUUAAAUGAAUCAUUCAAAGGAUUGAAGGCUCAGGUGCUCUUGAUUAAGUCUUUUCCCACAUUGAAUGAGGUACAUUCCAUCAUUCAGCAGGAAGAAAAAAGGAGGGAUAUAUUAGUUGACCAACCAAAAGGGGAGAUGAUGGUGAUGAUGACCAAAGAUGGAGGAAAGCAAAGCAACACACAAACUCCAAACUCGAAGAAGUACUAUUGUAGCCACUGCAAGGUUCCAGGGCACUCACUAGAGAGAUGCUUCAAAGCGAACCCAAACAAACCUAAUUGGUCGCAUUACGGAAUGCCAGAGCAUACGAUGGAGGUCUGCUACAAACUCCAUGGAUAUCCCAAAGGGCAUAAACUGUAUAAGGGAAGCAAAUUCGGAGAGAUUCAUGCAAAUCAAGUCUUAAAGGAUACAACACAGGAAUUGUUUUGGAUAACAAAAACCCAACGUGAUCAGCUGGUCGCACUCCUGAACCAGAAUGCCAGUUCCUCCUCAAAGGAAGAUGACUCAAACAAUUUGCCUAACUGUUAUGUAUCUAUUCUAAAUUAUUAUUGUGGAGGAUCAAAAGGACUAUCCUUUGAAGGUCCUCAUGGGUCUGAAUGA